UGCCUUCCUUUACGCACCAAGCUACUUGUCAUCGUGCUAAUCAUUUUAAGCUAACGGGUCCAUCACCGGGAGGCUGCGUCUUGUCGUGGUUUAUUUCCCGUUUUAGUGGUAGUAGGAUUAUUAAUUAGAAAAUGGCUCUACUGACGCCGUUGUUCGCUUUCCUGUAUCACCUGCCGCAGGUGUACAAGUGGCUACUGAAGCCCUACUAUGUAGCUUCUCUCUUCAUGUCUGUAGCCUUUCUAGCUGUUCGCAAGACGCCUGGCAUCUGCGACCAUCUGGCCACACAGCGAGAGGACGGCAACUCCUGCGACUUCGACUGGAGAGAGGUGGAGAUUCUCAUGUUUCUCAGUGCCAUCGUUAUGAUGACAGAACAGCGAGCAAUAACGGUGGAGCAACAUGUGGGCAAUAUCAUCCUGUUCAGCAAAGUGGCCAAUGUCAUCCUGUUCUUCAGACUCGACAUCAGGAUGGGAUUGCUCUACCUGACACUCUGCAUAGUGUUUUUGAUGACCUGUAAGCCUCCUCUGUACAUGGGGCCAGAGUACAUCAAAUACUUCAGUGACAAAACCAUUGAUGAUGAGCUGGACAGAGACAGUCGUGUGACAUGGAUUGUUGAAUUUUUUGCCAACUGGUCUCCAGAGUGCCAGUCCUUUGCAUCUGUCUACGCUGAUCUCUCUCUAAAAUAUAACUGCGCUGGCCUCAAGUUUGGCAAAGUGGACAUAGGACGUUACGGAGAGGUUUUCCAAGAAGUAAGACAGUACAAGGUGUCUGCAUCUCCACUGUCCAAGCAGCUUCCCUCUCUGGUGUUGUUCCAGGGAGGGAAGGAGGUGAUGCGACGCCCCCAGGUGGACAAGAAAGGGAGAGCCGUAUCCUGGAGCUUCACUGAGGUCUGACUGCACAGUAUGCUGUAGAUAUGUGGCU